AUGGCUCUUUUACGUUUCGUUCUCUUCCUAACGGCGUUCUUCGCCCUGGACCUGCGUCGCUAUACUACACUCGCUCAGUACCAGCAGGACUAUGCCUUCGAGGUGAUAGACAUUGGCCCGGACUACCUGGUGGUUCUCGUAUACAACUGCGCCUACAUGAGGGACAUCUGCAAGAACAUUAACACACACAAGUGCCCCGAGCCUGACCAGCGGCUUCCCAUACGUCAUGACAAGGAAUGGUACUUCCGCGAGCUGGAGGACAGCAGCACCGUGACCAACCUCAUCAAGCACCACCGCGGCAGUAAUGGCCUGGUCGACAAGUACUCCAAUAUUCGCUACACCUGCGACGAGUUCCCUCCCGCUUCCUGGGUCGAAGGUGGUGAUAGGGAGGACCACGACCAGCCGGCCAACACCCGCUGCGCUGCCAUGCGCUGCAACGCCGGAGCCAAGGCGGAGCAGGACUGUAAGUGCUGCUUCUCUCGUCGUUUCCCAACACGACUUACAUACUCUCCGAACGCGGCUGAACUGACCUUUCAUAGGGUCAUCACCACCAAGCUGAAGGUCAAGGGCUUCUCUAACAAGGACUCGGUGGCCUUCUUCAAGUUCUACCUGGACAACCGGCAGGACGGCGUGGCGGCCCGCGUGUGGACGUACGUCGCCGUCGGCAACGCCGAUACCGUCGACAAGUCGAGCCCCGUCAACCAGGGCUUUAGCAAGCGGGACGUCAAGGGGUGGAACUCGACGGCCGACCCGCAGGGCCGCACGCUGUGGGACCUCAGCUUCGAGGAGCUCUGUGCCCUCAUGGACGCCGGUCACGGCCACGAGCACCAGAUCUCGGCCAACACGUCCCACGUUGACUGGGCCAUGGCGUCCCAGACACCCGUCGAGCUGCAGAACAUGGACCCCCACUUCCGCUGGGACGACGAGGACGAGGAGUAUGAGGACUUCUCCAACGUGACGCGCGUCAAGCGCUACACCGAGCCCGCCCCGGCGAAGAAGGCCGCCGUCGUCCCGAAGCCCAAGCCGGCCCCUGUUCCCCGGAGCAUCCCCGCGCACGUCGUCACGCCGCUGCUCAAGCGAGCCAGCUCCUCGGACAUUGAGAAGGCGCGCAGCAUCGUCGCCCAGGCCAAGACCGAGGCGGCUAAGCGCAACGGCGCGCGCUUUGCUCGGCCCCUCCGCAACGUGUACGGCCUUGCCCUGGGCGCCAGGAACACCAAGACACUGGCAGCCGGUAACUCUUCCCUUAACGCCGGCGUCACGCCGCUGCUGCAGAUUACUCCCGAGAUCGCCAAGGCGGCGGCGCUCGUGGCCGAGGCCAACGGCGUCGCGAAGUACGGAAACAACCUGGCCCGGAAGGGCACGGUUCCGUGGGGUGACGACGCGUCGUACGUGGUGUUCCGCAACGUGCUCGACUACGGCGCGGUGGGCGACGGCGUGACGGACGAUACCGAGGCCAUCAACCACGCUAUGACGGACGGCAAGCGCUGCGGCGAGAAGUGCAACGGCUCCACCACCAAGAACGCCAUCGUGUACUUCCCGCCAGGCCACUACCUCAUCUCCAGCACGGUGCCCAUGCCCUUCGGCACGCAGGUCAUCGGCGACGCCAACGACCGCCCCACGCUGGUGGCCUCGGCCGACUUUGUCGGCUUGGGCGUCCUGUCCACGGACGAGUACACUGGCGGUCAGGGGGGCGCCGAGGAGUACUACAUCAACACGACCAACUUCUACCGCCAGAUCCGCAACAUCGUCAUCGACAUCACGGGCGCCGGCGCCAAUAUCUCGUGCCUGCACUACCAGGUCGCGCAGGCCACCAGCAUGCAGAACGUGGAGUUGAUCGCCUCGACUGACGCCGCCACCAACCAGAUCGGCAUGUACGCCGAGAAUGGCUCCGGCGGCCAGAUCUCGGACGACUGGGGCUGGGUGUGGAAGAGCGUGACCAUGGCGAACGUCGGCAUCGGCUUCAAGUUGAUCUCGGACGACGGCUCCGGCAACAUCGGCUCCAUCAGCGUGCUGGACUCGUCCUUCACCAGCGUGGCCACCGCCGCGCUGCAGAUCGCCCCGCCAAACGAGGUCCCCGGCACGGGGAGCACCAGCGUGAUUCUCGAGAACGUCAAGCUGUCCGGCGUCGCGGCUGCCGUCCAGGACACGGCCGGCGAGGUCUGGCUGGACGGGUCCGCGGGUGGUACCAUCACCGAGUGGACGCUCGGCCCGACGUACGAGGGCACCACCACCGCGGGCGGCAAGGUCGGCGACUACCGCCGGCACUCGACCCUGCUCGAUGCCGAUGGCGCGUACUUUGAGCGUGCCAAGCCGCAGUACGAGGACAAGGGUGUCUGGGACUUUGUGCACAUCAAGGACAUGGGCGUCACCGGUGAUGGGUCUACCGACGAUACCUCCGCGUUCCAGGCUGCGCUAUAUGCCAGCCAGGGCAAGAUCCUCUUUAUCUAUGCCGGCUCGUACAUCCUCACCUCCACCAUCGUGAUCCCCCCGGGCACCAUAAUCGUGGGCGAGACGUGGUCGCAGCUGGUCGGCACGGUCGGCAGCGUCGGCGACGUGGAGAUCCAAGACAUUCUGUUCACGACCCGCGGCGCCACGGCCGGCCUGAUCCUGAUUGAGUGGAACAUCCAGGCGGCCUCGCAGGGCGCUGCUUCGCUGAUGAUGCGCCUUACAUCGCUGGCGUCCGGCUACUUCGAGAACGUUUCAGUAUACAACUUCCACGGCGCUGCCAACAUCUUCGCCGGCAUGCUGCAGACGGAGUCGCCGUACUUCCAGCCUACGCCGCCGCCUCCCACGCCUUUCGAGGCCGUGGUCGGCGACUUCCCCGGCGACCCAGAUUACACGUGCGCGGUAGGCGACGAGUUCAACGGGUGCGACGAGUCGUGGUCGACCAUCAUCACGGGAUCCCAAAACAUCUUUAUCGCGGCGGCGGGUAUCUACACGUGGUUCUCGACGUACGCACAGACGUGCAUCGACGGUCAGGAGUGCCAGAAGGUCCUGAUGAAGCUGGAGAACAACUUCGCCAGCGUGCGCACCGAGAACCUGAUUACCAUCGGCGCAAAGUACAUGGCCGUCAUGGACGGCGAAGGGAUCCUGGCCGCCGAUAACAUGAACGGCGAGCAGCACCCCUUCUACUUUACAUGCCUCCCGUCCUGCCUGAUUCAGCUGCCGCCUUACACGGGCACUACCAGCACCAUCAACUACCCGCUGAUGACGGUCAGCGACGGCACGUAG